GCAGUACGGCCAGAAUCUGGUCGCUUCCAGAGGGAUAGUUCGCACCUGUAUAGACUACAGCGCCUCAUCUCUUUCACAGUCUCAAUUUUUCGACAGACAGCCACGCAAUCAAGCAAAGCACAAAAACAUUAAAAAAAAAAAAAUGUCGACCGCAAGAGUCCAACCAACAGUAACAGCAGCUUGUGUUCUGUCUUCCACAAUCAAACACCACUUCGGUUUAACCUCUCUCCGACUCCCUACGAACCACUCUGCUGCUUUUAGACGCCAAAGAAUCAAAAGAAACCUCACUGUUUCAAUGUCCGCUGCUUCAGUUUCUGACCCUCUUGAAAUCUGUGUCAAAGCUUCUCUUACUGUCCCUGAUAAACUUGGUGACUGUCCUUUUUGUCAAAGGGUAUUGCUUACUUUGGAGGAAAAGAAUCUGCCUUAUGACAUGAAGUUUGUUGAUUUGGGGAACAAACCUGAAUGGUUCUUGAAACUAAACCCAGAUGGUAAAGUUCCUUUGAUAAAGUUUGAGGAGAACUGGGUUUCAGAUUCAGAUGUUAUCACGCAAGCAUUGGAACAAAAGUUUCCAGAUCCCCCGUUGGCAAUCCCAUCUGAAAAGGCUUCAGUUGGCUCAAAGAUCUUCUCCACAUUUAUUGGAUUUCUUAAAAGCAAAGACCCUGUUGAUGGAACAGGGCAGGCAUUGCUUGAUGAGCUUAGUGCUUUUAACGAUCAUAUCAAAGAGAAUGGCCCUUUUAUCAACGGGGAAAAAGUUUCUGCAGCUGAUUUGGCCCUUGGACCAAAGCUUUACCAUCUAGAGAUUGCUUUGGGGCAUUAUAAGAACUGGUCAGUUCCAGAGUCACUUCCCUACGUCAAAUCCUACAUGAAGGAAAUCUUCUCCAGGGAUUCAUUUGUUAACACACGCGCUCUGCCAGAGGAUGUCAUUGCCGGUUGGCGCCCAAAAGUCAUGGGUUAAAAUUUCUUAAACAUUCCUUUGAAUAAUUCUUUUGACAUCCGUUCUUAUCUUCUAUAGUUAAUGCGAAUUUGCAAGGUCCAUCAGAUUUACCUCCAGCGUGUGUACUUGGCCUUGAAACUAAAUAUAGUUUUUCUUUCAGUUAACCGAUGCAAUUCUAUCACCACAUUGUGGGGACGAGAAAAAUCUUCAUAUGUAUAGGUCAUGAGUAUGUCAGUGUGAUGGUAUAAAUACCUUGCUAAUGCAUCAUGUGCACUCUAAUACUUCCCAGUGUUCCAAGUUGCACUCUUUUUU